UUCGAUAUUAAUCUUAUUCUGUUAACAACAUAUUUUCUUAAAUAACAUCAUGUUUAGCUUCACAAAUAUGCUUAGUAUUUUUUUACAUACAUAUAUUUUCAAUCAGUAGUUAUACCAAAUUUGCAAAUUAAGGCAUGUUAGAGGAAGAUACAUCAUGAAAAAUAGAAUAACUAAAAAUUCCAAACACAAUGGCUUUUGGGCGUUUAACUUCUCUAUACUUCACAGCCCGUCGCAGAAGUAUUGUUGGAUCGUUGUGGUCUCCAUCCUCUUACAAUUGUUGUCAUGUGCAAGCUUUGACGAAGGAAACUAGAGCGAAAAAAUGGGAGAAAACCAUAUCCAACCUUCCAACAUAUGCAACUUGUGCACUUGGUCUAGUUUUAUACGUCAAUGAAAAAGAUAUAGAUAUACCAUGAGAACAAAAACCCAUCAGUAAUAGAAGAGGGGAAAUGGUCUCAGCCUCUCAGGGAAACACAUAUGGGAGUAGGACAACUGCAAAGGCACAACUAGGGAUGUCAACCGGUACAUACUCAUCGGGUAGUACCAUUCCAUACCCGUACCCAUAAAAAUACUAUAUCCGUCAGGUUACCCAUAUAUACUCGUGGGUAUAAAAUCAUACCCAUACACGUACUCACACAAGUAAUUUUAAUCCGUACCCGCUAGGAAAGUCUUAAAGUCCAAUACACUAAUCACUCAAAAUAUUAAAUAAACAUACAAAAAUAAGUUUAACUUCACGUACAUCAAAUCAUAUGAUUACCAGUGCCGGUCCUGGCGGGGGUCGAGCAGUGCCCCCGACCAGGGCCCCCAAAUUAAUGGGGCCUCACUUUAGUUACUAAAUAACAGUAUAUAUACAGUCAUAUAGCGUAUAUUGUUUAUAUAUGUCUGUUGGCUCUACAAAACUUUUAAAGACCUAAUUAUAAGUCAACAACACGGCAACAACAAGCAAGGAGAAUUAGACGUAACCCAUUAAUCUUGAUUUCUAUAUUCUAGUAGUAGUACUUCGUAAUCUCAGGCCCAUCUGACUAGGCUCUCAGUCGCAAACAGACAGGCGGUCGUGCCGUCUCCUCUCGGUAGCCAACACACGACAUUGGGUACGACAACGCUUUUGUCUUUCCCUACAUAGCGAACACGAAACUAACAUGACAUGAUCGAUUGAUCUCACAACGUAUUACAUCUAUUUGAUCAUUGUUCGAGGUAACCUUCUUUUGAGUCAUUUGGACACAUAUAUACCCCAUUUUUCUACGAGAUGUUAUGUUAUAUUUUAGUUACUUUGUAUUUAAUGUGAACAACGUUUUCAAAUAUACAUAAAUAUUUAUUAAUAAUAUAUAUAUGCACUAUAAUUAUGUGUAAUAAUUAAUAUUAUCAAGGGCCUCCAUUAUAAGUCUUGUUCCGGGCCUCUAAAAUGUCAGGACCGGCACUGAUGAUUACAUAACUUGGUAGUUAAACAAAUAAUAGCUAGAGAAGAGUUUUAUUUUAAUUAAGAUAGGCUCUAUUAGAUGAUUAUAAUAAUAUUGAUGUGGUUAUAUUUUACCUAUGAGUAGACCGGUAUGGGUAGUAUCAAUCCAUAUCCGUCUACCCAAUGGGUAGGUUCUUGCCCAUUAACAUACCCGUGGCGGCUGGAGAUAUCAUCCCGUAUCCGUCUUUGUAUGGGGGUAAAACCGUCGGUUAUUCGGGUUUCCGUUAUGUAUUGCCAUCGUCUAUGCACUGCAUUUCCCUUCCUCACCUCCGGCGCAAAACCGCAGCAGUAGGAUCCCAGCCGGUCGGCCGCCCAGGAUGCCGGAGCCUGCGUCCCCGCCCUCAGCGGCGGGAGCCGGCCGCCACAUAUCCACUCCACAUCAACAAGGGAGUGGAGAAUGCUCCCGGCGCCUCUUCGAUCUCGACCUCCGGCCGGCCUCAUGUGGGAGACGAGGGACGAUGGGCUCCCUUCCCUCAGCGUCAGCGGUGAGUUCUAAGCCCAAAAGGUAUUUCAGAGUUGGGCUUUGGACGAUAUGCAGCAGAAAGGGAACCUAGGUCGUCCCGACUCUCUUCUUCCUACUUCCUCAAAACAAUUAGUGCGAGAAUCCUACUAAGUCAAGUCCUCGAGUAUUUUAGUAUCGACUAACACUCAAUUUUUUUUCACGAAUCAACGGAAGACAAAUUUUUUUAGAAAAGGGAAGCUUUAUUCAGAAGUCUAGGAUAUAAAAACAAACUCUCAAAAACGGCCACCCAUGUUUGGGUGGAUCUCCACUGCUGAUACCGAUGCUGAUGGUUCUUUUUCUAGUUUAUUAGCAUGGUGAUAGCCCAAUCGAUUAUCGUUCAUUCCUUUUGUAGUUUAUUACUAUUAUUAUUGAUGACGCCUGUUUCUGACCACUCCUUUCGGCCGGCCAAAUUAACUCUGGAAUUUAUUCCAUGCCUUCCUCGGCCCUGUUUGUUCUGCAUGUCUUCAAAGGGUUGUGACCCCAUAUAGCCGGAUGUCAGUCAAUUCAUCCAUGGCGAUCAAUCCAUUCCUCGAGCAGGCCAAGGUUCUUCUCUGGGUUUUGAGGUGAAAUAUUGAUCAGUUGCAUUCUGUAACCUGCAAGAAGGUUUAAUCGGUGAACCAUUGUAAUGUUUGGCUUCAGGAAGGACCCAUCUGCGAUGCUCAUCUAAUUAAGGUUACCUGGUCAUCUUGCUACUCGGUCGCCUACAGGAUCGGAUAGCUUACUCUAUCUAUAAUCACACCGAGCAAACUGUCCAUCCUAGCUACAAUGGGUAGCACGCACAAGGAAGAAGUAGGUGUCCUGGAGGAAAUACUUGACGGGAGAAAAGAGCCGAGGAAGCUAUCUUUAUCAGUUCUAAAACACAUCACAAAUGACUUCUCGCACGAGCGAAUAAUCGGUUAUGGUGGGUGCGGAGAGGUUUACAAGGGCAUCCUGCAAAACGGAAGCGUCGCUGUGAAGAAAAUCUUCAGCAACCUAAAUGUUGAAGAUAAGGAAUUUGAUCGAGAGAUUCAGAGCAUGAUGCAGGUGAAGCAUCCAAACGUAGUGCGGUUUAUUGGCUACUGUUCUAACACAGAGCAUGAACUGAUGAGAAAAGAAGGCAAGUAUAUUAAGGUCGAGGUGCGAGAAAGGCUGCUCUGUUUCGAGCAUAUCAGCAACGGAAGCCUCCGCAGCCACAUUACAGAUGGACUAAGAGGGCUUGAAUGGCACGCACGGUAUAAAAUAAUUAAGGGAAUUUGUGAGGGCCUACAUCAUCUUCACAUGGAAAAAAACAUCAUUCACAUGGAUCUUAAACCUGCCAACAUACUAGUACAUGAUCAAAUGGUACCAAAGAUUGCAGACUUUGGUCUAUCAAGGCUGGCUGAAGUAUCACGUACUAUGAGCAAUGAACGGCUUUUAUCCCUAGGAUACUGCGCUCCAGAAUACCAAUACCAUGGCAAAAUGUCCCUUAAGUCUGACAUCUAUAGUUUAGGUGUCAUAAUGCUGGAGCUGGUGACCGGGAGCAAGGAGGAGCCGGACAUUACUAAUGUACUUCGACGGUGGAGCCAUAGGUGGAAAAAAUCAGGACAGCGUACACCAUCAUUUCAACGCCAUCAAGUGAGUAAAUGCAUAGGUUUGGCUAAGAGAUGCAAAGAAGUAGAACCAACAAGAAGGCCUUCUAUAUGUGAUAUACUUGCUGCCCUAGGCAAAAUGGAAGAUAUGAAUUGCAGUGAUCAACAAGUGGACGAGGAAGUCACUUAUCUGGAGGACAUGCUAGGAAUCGAGCCUCUUGAUCUGCAUUUCCUAGUCGAACCUACCAAGCAGAUAUCCUGCUCAGUCCAUCUGACCAACGCUACGAAUGACUGUUUCGCCUUCAUUGUUCAGACGACGAACCCGAAGCAGUACUGCAUACAGCCGGACAGAGGCGUCGUUCCACCACGAUCUGAGUGUAGUGUUGCCAUCGUAUUAUCGCAAGAACCGACGCAUAAUAAGCGAUGCAGCAUGGAGGACGAGCUAAGCGUGCAGAGCACCAGAGUGGAUGAGGGUGUGACAGCUGCGGAUGUGAGUGAAGCGUUGUUCACUGGAAAGGAAGAUAGAACGGUCGAUCACGUGAGCCUGAUGGUCGGUUUCGACAUGUCGCCAUCGCCACCUGAGGAACAAACGGAGGACUUCACGUUUGCACCACUGGCGUCGUUGUACGACGAGGAGCCACAGUUAAGCGCGGCGAAGGUAUCAGUAUGGACAUCCAAUCAGAGUGCGCGUUUACAGUUGGGGCGUUCUGGUCGCUUCUCUAAGAAGAAGCUAGUGUCUAUUCUGAAAUCCUGGCGAGCAAGAUUAAAGGUAUCAUCCCAUAAGAAACUCGAGACUCCAAAGCAUGACUGUGAGAUUCCUGAAGCUGUAGAGCAUGAAGAAGUUGCCGCGCCCAGGUGUCCCAAAGGACCACUGCCACAGCGCGAUCUUUCUCCACUGGGCGAAGCAUGUUCUAGGAUGAACAUGACGGCGAUCCAUGAGAUCCUAGUGAACAGACAUUACAGAGAUGAUGACCUAGACCCAAACGUGCCGUCGCUCGAGGAAUGGACACAGCAGAGCAGGGAUAUGUUGGAUGAUAGGAAACGUGGGGACUUCACUUUUCGUGAUAAAGAUUUCCGAGCAGCCAUAGACUGGUAUACCAAGUGUAUGGAUGUGGGGCCAAAGAAGGCGUCACCAACAGUUCUCGUUCGACGCAGUUGCUGCCACCUCAUGUGCGGCAACCUGGACGCCGCCCUCCGCGAUGCAAUGCAAGCGCAGCGUCAGUAUCCCGACUGCCCAACCUCACUGUACAUGCAAGCAGUGGCACUUUCAAAGCUAGGGAUGCAUAGUCAAGCCAUGGGCAUGCUGAUUGAGGCGUCGGAGAUGGAAGCGAAUCAGAAAAAGACCCGAAAAGCAGCUUAAGAAGACUCAACAUGGGCGAAACCUAUAUACCUUCGUUUUGUUUCUGUAAGCUAUUCUUGAUUGUUGUAUCUGCUUGCCAAAUUGUCUAGGUUGGAGUGGAAUUGGGAAGCUUUACCUCUUGGGGAUAAUGCAUUUCUUGUUGUAUUCCCCUCUGAGGAUGAAAUGCUCCGUAUGGCUGAUAUUGAGUAUAAGCUCAAGAGUGGAAUUUCUAUUCAUAUGGAUUAGGCCUGGAGAUGCUAAUCCGGCCUAUUUUUUUUGGAUGA